AUGGGCAACCAGGCUUCAUACAAUAUGCCGGAAGCAGUCGAAGGGUCCAGUAUCCUUGCGGGUACCACUCCUACUCCUUUCCUGGGUACUACACCCCCAAGCACCUCGCAGCGGCUCUCUGUUGGCAAAGACAUCAAGGGCAAGGGUCGUGCAGUCGAACCACCCGGUAACAACCUGGGCUCCGCCGACGAUGAUGUUGAGGGUGAACUUUCAAGUGAAGCAGCCCUGGCAAAAGCUAUACAAGACCUCAAGGACUUAGACGACAAUAAUGCCGCUGAAAUCAAAGAAAACGCCCCAGCUUCCACCAAGCAACAUCGCCAAGGAAGUCCGCGGGAAGGCUGCACACAACCCCGCGAAGGCUGGACACAACACCCUAGCCGUCUGGGGGACCAACUUGGUAGCAAAUGGCGCAGUGCUGGAGACAAGAACGGAUCCAGCAAUAUACCCGAUCGUACCGAAGCCUUUCUGCUUGAUCCUGGCCAGAAGAAGGUCGAGCCCGGUCAUGACACCCGCACUCCCAAUACUAUGAUCUUCGUCUACAACAAAGAGGAUCAUACUCUCGGAAAUGCGCUUGUGGACCAGUUGCACAAGAACAGCCAUGUGACAUAUGCCGCAUACCGAGUCCCGCAUCCCCUGUUUGCCCGCUUUGAGCUGCGAAUUCAGACCGAUGGAGAGAUCACCCCGAAAGAAGCUCUUCUGGCCGCAAGCCGUGAUGUCAUUCGGGAGCUGGAAGUCAUCAAGGUCAAAUUCACCCGCGAGUACGAACUGCGAAAGAUGGUGGGCAAUACUACUCAGAACAACGAAGUCUGA